CGCGCAUGGAGAGGGCCAGGCCGGAGCCGUCGCCUCAGCCGCGCCAACCGCCGAGGGCCACCCCACCGCGCCCGUUGCGCCCGGCUCCACCCUCGCUGCCGCCGGUCGAGGGCUCCUCCUUUCAGGCAGCGGCCGCCGAACCCCCUCCGUCGCCACCUGUUCCGUGCGCGGCCGCCAUUGCGACCGUGGCCUCGUCAUCGUCGUCGUCGUCGUGUGGAGACGGCCCUGCGUCGGGUGUAGCGCCCGCGGCUCCACGGCUGCUCCAAGUGAAGUCGGAGCAGGUGUUGCUGCUGCCGCCACCGCCAGGGCCACCACAGGCUCAAUCCCAGGACGAGGGCGCCACGGCCUCCCCAGGGCAGGCCCGGCUGCUGCAGCUGAGGCCGGAGCUGUUGCUGCUGCCGCCGCCACCGCCACCCCCCACGUCUGAGGGCACCCCUUGUAGGCCGGAGCUGCACCCAAUGCAGCCCCGGGUGCUGCAGGUCAAGGCCGAGAAGCCGGAGCCCGGGCUCAGCUUGGAUCAGUCGUUGGCAUCUUGGAGGGCCAUUGAGGUGGGGCCUAGAGCCUCCAGGUCGGUCAGGGGAGAAUGCCCCGUGGCGGCCCUCGACAGCAGCCGAGGGAGUGAGAAAGGCAAGCUGGAGACGGAAGAGAUCCUGAGGGAUACCGGGGAAGGCGUAAGUCUAGCAGCCUUAAGAGAUGGAGUCAUCAAAACGGAGGAGCCCGAGAGAUUCCACGAGGACUGCGGUCUGGGCCCCGAAGCCACGUCCAAUGGCCUGGGCCACGACAGCAAGGAAGCAAUCCUAGCCCAGACAUCCAGCGCCUUUGGCCCUCACCAGCAAGACCUGAGGAUCCCUUUGACUCUCCACACCGUGCCCCCUGGUGCGCGGAUCCAGUUCCAGGGACCACCACCUUCAGAUCUGAUCCGAUUGACCAAGGUCCCCCUGACACCUGUGCCUAUUAAAAUGCAGUCCUUACUGGAGCCUUCUGUCAAGAUUGAAACCAAAGACGUCCCGCUCACCGUGCUUCCUUCAGACGCAGGAAUACCAGACACUCCCUUCAGUAAGGACAGAAAUGGUCAUGUGAAGCGACCUAUGAAUGCAUUUAUGGUUUGGGCGAGGAUCCACCGGCCGGCACUAGCCAAAGCUAACCCAGCAGCCAACAAUGCAGAAAUCAGUGUCCAGCUCGGGUUAGAGUGGAAUAAACUUAGUGAAGAACAAAAGAAACCCUAUUAUGAUGAAGCCCAAAAGAUUAAAGAAAAACACAGAGAGGAAUUUCCCGGUUGGGUUUAUCAGCCUCGUCCAGGGAAGCGAAAACGCUUUCCUCUAAGUGUUUCCAAUGUAUUUUCUGGUACCACACAGAAUAUCAUCUCUACAAAUCCAACAACAAUUUAUCCGUACCGGUCACCUACCUACUCUGUGGUAAUACCUAACCUGCAGAACCCCGUCACUCAUCCAGUUGGUGACGCUCCACCUGCCAUCCAGUUGCCCACACCUCCAGUCCAGCGCCCAAGCCCUAUCACACUUUUCCAGCCUAGCGUCUCCAGUGCAGCCCAAGUAGCUGUUCCGGCUCCAAGUUUGCCCCUCCGCCCACCACUCCCACCUCAGCAUUUUGCUGGGCCUUCUCCAUCGGAUAAUCAUCGCCUGCAUUCUGGAGCCAGUCACUCUGUGAAGAGGCCUGCUCCCGUCUCUCUGGAGAACACCAGUAGGAUUCCAACUAGUGCAAGUACUGCCCAUGCCAGAUUUGCAGCCUCGACUAUCCAACCGCCAAAGGAAUAUCCCAGCAUUCCCUCUUGUCCGAGAAGUGCGCCCAUACCCCCGGUUUCUCCCAUUCCACACCCACAUGUCUACCAGCCCACGCCCCUUGGCCAUCCAGCCACACUGUUUGGGACGCCACCAAGAUUCUCUUUUCAUCACCCUUACUUCCUGCCUGGACCUCACUACUUCCCAUCAAGCACGUGUCCUUAUAGUCGGCCUCCCUUUGGCUAUGGAAAUUUUCCAAGUUCAAUGCCAGAAUGCCUUGGUUAUUAUGAAGACAGAUACCAAAAACAUGAGGCUAUGUUUUCAGCUUUAAAUCGAGACUAUCCUUUUAGAGACUAUCCAGAUGAGCGCGCACACAAGGAAGAGUCUCAGAACUGUGAGAGUAUGGACGGGACCUCUUACUAUAACAGUCACAGCCGCAGUGGGGAGGAGUACCUAAAUCCCAUGCCUCAGCUGGACAUUGGCGCCUUGGAGAAUGUCUUCACAGCUCCCACAUCAACUCCCUCCAGCAUCCAGCAAGUCAAUGUCACUGACAGUGAUGAAGAGGAAGAAGAAAAAGUGCUCAGGAAUUUAUAAUUUUAAAACCAUGUGCACAGAAAAUAAACAUUUCUUAAAAUA